AUGCCGCGCUUCGCAACGAAGACCGUUCAUAGAAAGCCGUAUGCGGCCAUAUCCCCAACUGCUCCCGAACACUCCCAAGCUGGCCAAACCGUGGUAAUCACUGGUGGUGGCGGCGGUAUCGGAUUAGCCAUUGCCAGAGCCUUCGCCCAAGCUGGCGCACAGAAAAUCAUCCUCCUAGGCCGUCGCUCAGAGGUUCUCUUUGAUGCGGUCAAGCAACUGCAAAAGGAAGUCCCUGGAUAUUGUGGUGAACUUCAAGCCGUGCCAUGCGACAUCUCCGACAAGAUGAGGGUCGCUCGGUUUUGGGAUCGACUCAGGGAAGAAAAUACCGCAGUCGAUGUGCUCGUUCUGAACGCCGGAGUCAUCGAUCCCAUAGGCGAUAUCCUGAAGGCCAAGCACAGCGACGCGUGGGCUGCGUUUGACGGAAAUACACGUGCAAAUUUGGAUAUGACACAACGAUUCUUCAACAACAUCGAUGCUUUUCCAAAUGGAAAGAAGAAGAGCCUGGUUCAUGUAUCCUCCGCAACAGCCGCCGAUUACCAUCUCAACCCGAUCGCAGGGACAUACGCUUCGAGCAAAGCUGCAUUUUUGGCCCUGCUACAUCGCAUUGCCAUCCAAGAACCCGUUGAGAAGGCUCAAAUAAUCAGCUUUGAUCCUGGUUUCAUUUACAGCCCAGGCGUAAAGGCUGCUGGUUUUUCGGAGCAUAGUUAUGACUGGGAUGAUGAAAAUCUACCUGGCCAAUUUGCUGUUUGGGCCACGUCCUCCGCUGCUGUUAUGUUCCACGGACGCUUCGUUAAAUCCUGUUGGGAUGUCAAUGAAUUGCAAGGUGCUGAGGUCAAAGCGCACAUAGACAAUGACGACAUGUUCUUAAAAAUGGGAGUGAUAGACUAUUAG